AUGUUGUCUAGGAUUCAAAAGGAUGUUUUUAGAUCUAAGAAGAUGUUUUUAGGUUAGUAAUACAAGUUGUUGGUUAUAUGGGUUAUUAGUUAUUAAUAACCUAUAUUUUAAUUAGUAGUACAAGUUAUUAGCUAUAUAGUUAUAUAAUAUAUGUUAGUUAUAUACAGGUACAUAGGCAUAUCCAAGUUAUAUAGAAAAUUAUUUAGGUACAGAAUUCAAAACUUACCAAGAUAGGAUAGAUUUUAGAAUACUUUACCAAAAACUUACCAGACAGACUGGACAUUGUAAAUGUAAUUCCUACUUAAUAGUUUUCAUAGUUGUUUCAUAUUUGUUAUAUGUCAUUUAUUAGUGUAGAAGAAAGAAGCUUUCCAUUUAGGCAAAAGGGGGAUGUGUUGGGGAUUCAUCUGGUGCUGUGUAUACAAAGGCUAAGUUCUGAACCCCAAGAUCUGGUUGUCUCCAGGCAAGCAAAUUCUCAAUUACACCGGCUUUGUUGUAUAAACCUCACUUCCAAUGUAAAGCUAUUGGCUGAAUAAAAGUGGCUACAUUCAAUUACUGGGGAGAAUAGAAGUAGGCAGGGCUUCAGUUACUGGGCUGGGGGUCGAAGGUAGGCACCACAUCGAGAAAGUCCGGGAGAUACCGUGAGAAAGAAGCUCCUGCAGAGAAAGCCAUAAAAUGCAAGCAUCUCUGGGAUUCUGGCUGGGAGAUAGCGAGUUAGCUUAGAGGAUUAAAAUAGACUAAUACUGCUCAGUUGUUGUGCCUUUAAAGCUUGUUAAAUAAAAUGGUCCAGUCUCAACUAUUUGCUAGCUAACUGGGUAAGAGGAAAAUUGUAACACAAUUGUUAAAAAGCCACUAACACCACUGUGUUCAGUCUAGUUUCCAAAGAGGUUUACAGGGAGGGUACUCAGUGUAUGUGGACAGAAUAUAGACCAGGAUCUGGGACAUGGAUAGAAACAGGAGGGAGAUGUUGAUAGCUGUGGACUUUGAAAAUACAAAUUUUAGGAACUGGAGAAAUGGUUUAGUGGUUAAGAGCACUCACUGGCUGCUAUUCGAGAGGUCCCAGGUUCAAUUCCCAGCAACCACAUGGUGGCUCAUAAUCGUCUGUAACUCCGGUUCCAAGGGUUCUGACUUCCUUCUGGCCACUCUGGGCACCAGGCACCCUGCUGAUGCACAGACAUACACGUAGACAAAACAUCCAGAUAAAUAAAUAAUAAAUAAAAAGAAAAUAGAAACAUCAGUGUGGCAUUUCCCCCAAGCCUCUAGUCUGUUGCUUGGCCUUGGAGACUGACUAAAGAAAUAAGGGAAACAGGUUAUGUUGGCCAGGAAAGGCUAUGCUGUGCUGGGUGUGAGGUUCAUAAAGACCAAUAAAAGCCAGCCUUAGUAGUUCACAGUGGUGGGACUGGCAGACCCAUACCAGGCAAUGGCUGGUUUGUGUGAUUAGGGCCAUGAAAGGGUAUUCUGGAACCCUGACGAGGCAUUGCAAAGACUUUCUGGAAGAAGUGAUAUAAAAGCUAGGCCUGAAAAUUUGACAAGUAUGUGCCCACCUUUUUUCUUUCUUUCUUUCUUUCUUCCUUUCUUUCUUCCUUCCUUCCUUCCUUCCUUUCUUUCUUUCUUUCUUUCUUUCUUUCUUUCUUUCUUUCUUUCUUUCUUUCUUUCAUGCAGUUGUUUCUGUCUGGUCAUUGUUGUUCACAGAUCAAAUGGAUAUGUAAUCGUGGCAGCUUUCUGUGACCAUCACAUAGAAAAUAGAUCUCUGUUUUCAAGCUGUUUAUUUUCCUCAGUGUGCUUCGUGGUGGCUGGUUCCAUUUCAACAUUUUCCUAUGUGCUUGUUAUGUGACUUCAUUCAGAGUCUGGACUCAUUGAUUUUUUUUUUUUUUUUUACAGCUGCAUCCCUUGGUCCUGCAGCAAAACCUAGCACUUAUGGACUUAUGGACUGAGCAGCUUGCUAAGAAGAGGACAUGUCCAGGAUGCAGUGGCCGAUCAAUCUAAAGAUUUCUGGCUUUGAGGCUUGUAUGAGGGUAGAUGAGGGACUGAGGAGGAGGCAACUGCUAUGAACAACCCUCUGGAGAAGCUUGAGAAGAGGGCAGAGGGACAAGUAGGAGUUACAAGGGAUGCGUAGCCACAGGGGGUACAUCAGUGUCUACUAGGGAUAGAAUGUUUUAGACUGAGGGUUAGUAGCUCAUGGAAACCAUGGACAGAAGAAAAUAUUGGAACUGAAUCCUUUUGGGAAGACGGAGGGAGAGGGUUGCAGAGUCCUGGUGAGAUCAUUUUCCAACAGUGCAAAGUGUUUGCUCUGCAUAUUCAGAAAGAGAAAGUAGGUGCCAGCUUUCCGUACCUUUGCACUGGGUGGGAGAUGUUCAGGAAGAUGGGAUAGCCUUUGUUGUUCCUGCCACUGUCAGAGGUGGGGGGGUGGGGGGGGAGAGGGAAGAUGGAGCCCGAAGAGGUCAAAGGGUAAAGAGAAGAAAGAUGACAAGGGACUAGAGGACACAAAACGAAAUAAACCAACAACAAUCUCCGCUGCAGGGGAUGUCACAGCCUCAGGUGGUACCAAGACCUAAAAGAACUAAGAUGGAGACAUUGAGGAUGACUGUGAGGAGAGCAGAUGUCGAUGCAUUACACACAUCUCCCUAGAGCUAAGAGAGCCGGACAGCAGAGAGAUACAAGUGAGCUCUCUGGUAGGAGAAACACCAUGAAACUGCCAAUGAGCCGUAUGGGUCCCUGUGUACCUUGGUGGGCACAAAGAGUGGCCAAGGGGGAGAAGAAGGAUUGUACAAGUACAUCACUGUCAGGGUAGAACCAGGCUCAGUGAAGGUGUGUGUGUGUGUGUGUGUGUGUGUGUGUGUGUGUGUGUGUGUGUGUGUGUGUGCGCGCCCGCGCGCGCCCGCGUGCAUGUUCUCCUGAGUCUGCUCCUGGAAGUAUAGGCUAAAGGGGAUGUGGAUUAGGGCCACCAAGGACAGAAGAUUUUUAGGAAUAUGAAGCAAGGUUGGCUGGCUUUCAGGCUACCAGGGUCCCUUCUGAAAGUCUGUAGCCACUGUCUUGGCCCACCAGAGUCUCUAGGCUGUUGGCAGAACGCUGUGCCGAGUCCAGGGAAAACAGACAUCUGAAAGCAUCUGGAGGCAAGGAAUCAGCGAACUGCUGCCCAGUCUAGAAGGGCCCAAGUCUUUCUCCUAGGUUGACUUUGGACACAAAUCUAGAAUCCCCCGGAUCGUGCCUCCUUGCUGUGCCAUCUCCGUUCCUUGGGGGUUUCCAGGUUUCUUUCUCUGAAGGGCAGGCAUUCUUUGCCUGGGACGCAUACCCAAGAAUGUCUCUUGAAGCAUAGAUAGUGACAAGAAACUGCAGAACUCCAGAUUUUUUUUGGGAGGGGACGGGGGGGGGGGUAGAUCUCGGAGGAUACAGACGGCCUGGGCGCGCACCACCGCCAGGGGGACGUCUGUAGCCCUGCGGGCGGUCCGGAGCCUGAGUUGGUAGGGUGGGGACCGUGCUCUGCAAGAGGUGGCCCGCCCGCAGGGCGCUGAGGCCUGGCGGGGGCGGGGCGAGACCGGUGGGGGCGGGGGCAGGAGCCCGCCGGGCGGGGCGGGGGUGGGCGCCCUGCUCCCCCUCCCGCCCUCCCUCCUUCCUUUUCUUUCUUUCUUUCUUUCUUUCUUUUUUUUUUCCUGGGCUUCUCGCUCUCUUUCUUUGCCUCGGCAGCUGGCUGAGGGGGCGGGCCUUGCAGUCUUUGUUGCCGGAGGAGCGAGUGCAGCUGCCCGGCGGCUAGAGUCAGGACCCGGACCUUGGGAAGAGUUUAAAGCCAGGCAUGUCCUGAGUCGGACCCAGGCCCGGCUGGGACGCAACGGCGUAGACGAAGGAGUGCACAGGGGUCGUCCUGCGGCCACCCCGUCCGGGCCAUGCACCGUGGUCCGAGUCUCCUCCUGAUCCUGUGCGCUCUGGCGUCCCGCGUCCUCGGACCUGCAUCAGGUCUUGUGACUGAGGGCCGGGCGGGUUUGGACAUCGUGCACCCGGUGCGAGUGGAUGCUGGAGGCUCCUUCCUGUCCUAUGAGCUGUGGCCACGGGUGCUGCGCAAGCGCGAUGUGUCCACCACGCAGGCUUCGUCUGCUUUCUACCAGCUGCAGUACCAAGGGCGGGAACUGCUUUUCAACUUGACCACCAACCCUUAUCUGAUGGCUCCCGGCUUUGUGAGUGAGAUUCGACGUCACAGCACUUUAGGCCAUGCGCACAUCCAAACCAGUGUCCCAACCUGCCAUUUGCUUGGUGAUGUCCAGGACCCGGAGCUGGAAGGAGGCUUUGCAGCCAUUAGCGCCUGCGAUGGCCUAAGAGGUGUGUUCCAGCUCUCCAAUGAGGACUACUUCAUUGAGCCUCUGGAUGGAGUUUCAGCUCAGCCUGGACAUGCCCAGCCCCAUGUGGUAUACAAGCACCAAGGCUCUAGGAAGCAGGCCCAGCAGGGUGACUCAAGGCCUUCAGGCACCUGUGGGAUGCAAGUGCCCCCAGAUCUGGAGCAGCAGCGAGAACAUUGGGAACAGCAGCAGCAGAAACGGAGGCAGCAGCGAUCAGUCAGCAAAGAGAAGUGGGUGGAGACCCUGGUAGUGGCUGAUUCCAAGAUGGUCGAGUACCAUGGGCAGCCGCAAGUGGAGAGCUAUGUGCUGACGAUCAUGAACAUGGUGGCUGGACUCUUUCAUGAUCCAAGCAUUGGGAACCCCAUUCACAUCAGCAUUGUGCGCCUUAUCAUACUGGAAGACGAGGAGAAGGACUUAAAGAUCACACACCAUGCCGAAGAGACUCUGAAGAACUUCUGUAGGUGGCAGAAGAACAUUAACAUAAAGGGGGAUGACCACCCACAGCACCAUGACACUGCCAUCCUGCUCACCAGGAAGGAUUUGUGUGCGUCCAUGAACCAGCCAUGUGAAACCCUGGGCCUGUCUCAUGUGUCUGGCUUGUGCCACCCUCAGCUCAGCUGUAGCGUCAGUGAGGAUACUGGCAUGCCACUGGCCUUCACUGUGGCCCACGAGCUAGGACACAGCUCCUGUAUGACAGAGGCAUUCCUCUUACCUGGUCCCGAUGCAGCCGCGAGUACAUCACCAGGUUCCUUGACCGUGGGUGGGGCCUGUGCUUAGAUGACCGUCCAUCCAAGGAUGUCAUUGCACUCCCCUCGGUGUUGCCCGGUGUCCUGUAUGAUGUGAACCACCAGUGCCGCCUUCAGUAUGGGUCUCACUCUGCCUACUGUGAGGACAUGGAUGAUGUCUGCCACACACUAUGGUGCUCUGUGGGGACCACCUGUCACUCCAAGCUGGAUGCGGCUGUGGAUGGCACGAGCUGUGGGAAGAAUAAGUGGUGUCUCAAAGGAGAGUGCGUCCCUGAGGGCUUCCAGCCCGAGGCGGUGGACGGUGGCUGGUCCGGUUGGAGUGCCUGGUCUGACUGCUCGAGGAGCUGUGGCGUGGGUGUACGGAGUUCUGAACGACAGUGCACGCAGCCUGUGCCUAAGAACAGAGGCAAGUACUGUGUGGGGGAGAGGAAGCGGUCCCAGCUCUGCAACCUGCCAGCCUGCCCGCCGGACCGUCCCUCUUUCCGUCACACCCAGUGUAGCCAGUUUGAUGGCAUGCUGUACAAGGGCAAGCUCCAUAAAUGGGUGCCUGUGCCCAAUGACGACAACCCCUGUGAGCUGCACUGCCGGCCUUCCAACUCCUCCAAUACAGAGAAGCUGAGGGAUGCUGUGGUGGAUGGCACCCCUUGCUACCAAAGCCGCAUCAGCCGUGACAUCUGCCUCAACGGCAUCUGUAAGAACGUGGGCUGCGACUUUGUGAUUGACUCUGGUGCUGAGGAGGACCGCUGUGGCGUGUGCCGGGGGGAUGGCUCUACUUGCCAGACUGUGAGCAGGACCUUCAAGGAGACUGAAGGCCAGGGGUAUGUGGAUAUAGGGCUGAUCCCAGCCGGAGCCAGAGAGAUUCUUAUUGAGGAGGUGGCUGAGGCUGCCAACUUCCUGGCCCUGCGGAGUGAGGACCCAGAUAAGUACUUCCUCAAUGGAGGCUGGACCAUCCAGUGGAAUGGAGACUACCGAGUGGCAGGCACUACCUUCACCUAUGCACGGAAGGGCAACUGGGAGAAUCUCACAUCCCCAGGCCCCACCAGUGAGCCUGUCUGGAUCCAGCUGCUGUUCCAGGAGAAGAACCCUGGGGUACACUACCAGUAUACCAUCCAGAGGGACAGCCAUGAUCAAGUCCGACCACCUGAGUUCUCCUGGCAUUAUGGGCCCUGGAGCAAGUGCACGGUCACUUGUGGCACAGGCGUGCAGAGGCAGAGCUUAUACUGCAUGGAGAGGCAGGCUGGGGUUGUUGCUGAGGAAUACUGUAACACUCUAAAUCGGCCCGAUGAACGCCAGAGAAAAUGCAGUGAGGAGCCCUGUCCCCCCAGGUGGUGGGCAGGGGAGUGGCAGCCAUGUUCCCGAUCCUGCGGGCCCGAAGGCCUCUCUCGCCGGGCUGUGUUCUGCAUACGUAGUAUGGGGCUGGAUGAGCAGCGUGCUCUUGAGCUAUCUGCCUGCGAACAUCUUCCCCGUCCCCUGGCUGAAACCCCGUGCAACCGUCAUGUAAUCUGUCCUUCCACUUGGGGUGUGGGGAACUGGUCUCAGUGCUCUGUGACAUGUGGAGCUGGCAUUCGGCAACGAAGUGUCCUCUGCAUCAACAACACUGAUGUCCCCUGUGAUGAAGCUGAGCGACCAAUAACUGAGACCUUUUGUUUUCUGCAACCCUGCCAGUAUCCCAUGUACAUAGUGGACACAGGUGCCUCUGGAAGCGGCUCCUCCAGCCCCGAGCUCUUCAAUGAGGUUGACUUCAUCCCGAACCAGCUGGCCCCACGACCUUCCCCAGCAUCCUCACCCAAGCCGGUCAGCAUCAGCAACGCUAUUGAUGAGGAGGAACUAGAUCCGCCAGGGCCCGUGUUUGUGGAUGAUUUCUAUUAUGACUACAAUUUCAUUAACUUCCAUGAAGACCUGUCCUAUGGGUCCUUUGAAGAACCCCAUCCAGACCUGGUUGAUAAUGGGGGUUGGACAGCACCACCUCACAUCAGACCCACUGAAUCUCCCUCAGAUACCCCAGUACCUACUGCAGGGGCUCUUGGAGCUGAGGCAGAAGACAUUCAGGGAUCUUGGUCUCCUAGCCCCUUACUCAGUGAGGCUAGCUAUUCCCCACCAGGAUUAGAGCAGACCUCCAUCAACCCCCUGGCCAAUUUCUUGACUGAGGAAGAUACUCCCAUGGGGGCCCCUGAACUUGGAUUCCCCAGCUUGCCCUGGCCCCCUGCUUCAGUUGAUGAUAUGAUGACACCUGUUGGCCCUGGAAACCCUGAUGAGUUGCUAGUGAAAGAAGAUGAGCAGAGCCCACCAUCCACUCCAUGGUCUGAUAGGAACAAACUUUCUACAGAUGGUAACCCCUUGGGUCAUACAUCCCCUGCCCUGCCCCAAAGCCCUAUCCCCACACAGCCCUCUCCACCCUCCAUCAGUCCUACCCAAGCUUCUCCGAGUCCUGAUGUGGUGGAGGUGUCGACAGGAUGGAAUGCGGCCUGGGACCCUGUGCUAGAGGCUGACCUGAAGCCCGGACACGGUGAGCUGCCGUCCACUGUGGAGGUGGCUUCUCCUCCACUUCUUCCCAUGGCCACUGUGCCAGGCAUCUGGGGCAGGGACAGCCCUCUUGAACCAGGAACGCCUACCUUUUCCAGCCCAGAACUGAGCUCACAGCACCUAAAAACUCUGACAAUGCCUGGGACCUUGCUUUUGACAGUACCAACUGACCUGAGGAGCCCGGGACCAUCGGGCCAGCCACAGACCCCUAACCUUGAGGGAACCCAGAGCCCUGGGUUGCUGCCUACACCAGCUCGGGAGACUCAAACUAACAGUAGCAAGGACCCCGAGGUCCAGCCUUUGCAGCCCAGCCUAGAGGAGGAUGGUGACCCCGCAGAUCCACUGCCUGCCAGGAAUGCCAGCUGGCAAGUAGGAAACUGGAGCCAGUGUUCCACCACCUGUGGCCUGGGCGCCAUCUGGAGGCUAGUGAGCUGCAGCUCUGGCAAUGACGAGGACUGCACCCUCGCUAGCCGUCCCCAGCCUGCCCGCCAUUGUCAUCUGAGGCCCUGUGCUGCCUGGCGCACGGGCAACUGGAGUAAGUGCUCUCGAAACUGUGGUGGAGGUUCCUCUACAAGGGAUGUACAGUGUGUGGAUACACGGGACCUCCGGCCACUGCGGCCCUUUCACUGCCAGCCCGGGCCUACCAAGCCACCCAACCGUCAGCUCUGUGGGACCCAGCCCUGCCUCCCCUGGUACACCUCCUCCUGGAGAGAGUGUUCCGAGGCUUGUGGUGGUGGUGAACAGCAGCGACUGGUGACAUGUCCAGAGCCAGGGCUCUGUGAGGAGUCGCUGAGACCCAACAACAGCAGGCCCUGCAACACCCACCCCUGCACACAGUGGGUGGUAGGGCCCUGGGGUCAGUGCUCAGCCCCCUGCGGUGGUGGUGUUCAGCGGCGUCUGGUCAGAUGUGUGAACACUCAGACCGGCUUGGCAGAGGAAGACAGUGACCUGUGUAGCCAUGAGGCGUGGCCUGAGAGCUCACGGCCAUGUGCCACUGAGGACUGUGAACUGGUUGAACCCCCACGUUGUGAGCGGGAUCGCCUGUCCUUCAAUUUCUGUGAGACGCUGCGCCUGCUGGGCCGCUGCCAGCUGCCCACCAUCCGCGCUCAGUGCUGCCGUUCAUGUCCCCCACUCAGUCGUGGUGUCCCUUCCCGAGGCCAUCAGCGGGUAGCCAGACGGUAAACCGAGGAAGGCACCAUUAGAAUGCACAGACUGACCCUUGACACACAGACCUCAGUGCCCCACCACAGGCUGCGGUGGAGCCCCCUGCUCCUCGUGCCCUAACGGUGCUAACCCCACCCCUGCACGGUGGCAGGCUGGGGACCCCCUUUCCUUUCAGAAAAGGUAUUUUUUUAUUCUAACAGUUUGCACAUUUGUUAUUAUUUUACAUAAAUGAGUAUCUACCCUUUCAGA